AAAAGUAAUUCGAAGCUAAAAUCAAAGAAAAUAAAAAUGAGCGGCAACACAACCGCCACAGGAUCACAAGAUGCUUGCUAUAUUUCGCUUCUCGGAUUGGCCGAAUACUUUCGUACAUCGCAGCCGCCAAACAUAAAAAAAUGUAUACAAUGUUUACAAGCGCUGUUUACGUUUCAGCCGCCUUCGAAAGUGGAAGCCCGAACGCACCUCCAAAUGGGCCAAAUACUGAUGGUUUAUACAAAAAAUAUAGAUAUGGCACGCCAGCAUCUAGAGAAGGCCUGGAACAUAUCGGAGCCGUUAAUGAACUUCGAUGACGUUAAGUUCGACACCGCGUCGUUGCUGGCACAGCUCCACCUACAAACGGAUCAGAGUUCACAGGCCAAGGCAAUGCUGCGACGCGCAGUGGAAUUGUCCCAAAACAAUGUCUACUGGCACUGCAAGCUGCUGCUAAUGCUUUCUCAAAUACAUGCCAAUGACCGGGAGUACUCGCUGGCCUCAGAUCUGCUCGCUGUGGGCGCUGAAUCGGCGGAGGAGGCCGGGGCGACCUACUUAAAAGUUUUAUUUCUGCUCUCUCGCGCCAUGAUUCUGAUGAUCGAGCGUAAAACUAACGAUGUGCUGGCGCUACUGAACUCGGCUGGUGCCAUCAUAGACAACCACAUACCGAACCCGCAUCAAAAGGAAUACCUCAAAGUUUUCUUUUUGGUUCUACAAGUGUGCUACUAUCUGGCCCUUGGCCAGGUGAAGACCGUGAAACCGAGUCUCAAGCAACUGCAGAUGUCCAUACAAACCAUCAUGGCGCCAAAUUGGCCCACAGAUGAAGUCAUCUUUGGCACAAACCAACUGGAAAUGUUUGUGUGGCUGCCCAAAGAACAGCUUUAUGUCCUCGUCUACCUCGUCACUGUCUCCCAUUCGAUGAUGGCUGGCUACAUGGACAAGGCGCAGAAAUACACUGAGAAGGCGCUAACCCAAAUUGAAAAGCUUAAAGUGCAGGAAGACAAGCCUAUUCUAUCCGUUUUCAAGGUUAUAUUGCUGGAGCAUAUUGUGAUGUGCCGCAUGGUCAUGGGAAAUCGAGAACUCGCCAUCCGGGAAAUAGCCGCCGCUCGUGAUGUUUGUCUUGCUGCACCAAAUCGUAGCCUCCUCAAGCGCCACUCCGCGCAGUUGCAUUGCCUUGUUGGGCUCUACGCCAUGUCGAUUAGCUACUUCGAGCAUGCGGAGCGGCAAUUCCUGGUGUGUGUCAGCGAGACAACCGAGCGCGACUUGAAACUUUUCGCGAAUCUUAACUUGGCUAUUAUUUAUUUACGAACCAAGCGAGAUGUCGAUCUAAAGCAAAUACUGGACGCUGUUUCCACAGAGAACACACACACCUAUAGCAGUCAGGCUCUAAUGGGUGGCUUUUAUUAUGUCCAGGGCCUACAUGCGUUUCACAAAAACAGUUUCCAUGAAGCAAAACGUUUUCUGCGCGAAACUCUUAAGAUGGCAAACGCCGAAGACCUGAAUCGUUUAACAUCCUGCUCGCUGGUGUUGCUAUCCCAUGUAUUCCUCAGCAUUGGAAACUCCAAGGAAAGCAUGAAUAUGGUGACUCCCGCUAUGCAGCUCGCAUCUAAGAUACCCGACAUUCAUGUGCAAUUGUGGGGAUCUGCCAUCCUCAAGGAUCUACAUCGCAUGUCCAAAGAUGUCCAACACGAGAAAGAAGCAUACGCGAACCACGUCAAAUACUCAGAAAACUUAAUAGCUGAUCAGCGGAAGUGUGUACAGAGUGCACACCACGAGUUAGUCAAUUGGUUCCAAGGCGAGCCGCCAAUGACGACGGGCGCUCUACUAAGUCUACCACUACCCGCUGCAGACGCCACAACAUCGCCGAUACCAAUGCAAACGCAAGCACUCCCCACCCAGUUUGGACAGUUUUAUUAGCAUCGACAGCAAGCUGUUGUUAUUAAUUAAUGCCACUAAAGGACAGCGCCACUUUCCCCAGUAAAAACA